CCAGCCUUCCUGAUCAGUUUGUUCAGUUUGUUUGUGUCGCUGGCUCCGAUGCUACUGCCCCAGCAGAUGGCGGAGGAGAACAGAGCGCUGGCCACAACAGGCUGGUAGAUCAUCUCCAACAUUCUGCUGCACAUUUUGAAGGAUCUCUGCUUCCUCAGGAACUAUAGUCUGCUCAUCCCCUUCUUGUAAACAGCAGUGCUGUUGACUUUCCAUUUCAGCCUGUUGUCGAUGUUGACACCCAGGUUUCUGUACUCCUCAAACAUGUCCACAUCUCCACCCAGAAUGCAAAGGGGCUGCAGAGCCGUUCCCUUCCUCCUGAAGUCAAUCACCAUCUCUCUGGUCUUAUCUACAUUCAGCAGCAGGUGAUUCUUACCAGCCCACUCCACAAAGUUGUCCACCAGCGCUCUGUACUCACCCUCCUGUCCAUCCCUUAUACACCCAAAAACUGCAGAGUCAUCAGAAAACUUCUGUAGGUGACAUGACUCUGAGUUGUACUGGAAGUCUGUGGUGUAUAAGGUGAAAAGAAAAGGAGACAGCACAGUCCUCUGCGGAGCUCCAUUACCACUCACCACCACAUCAGACAAAACACGGUCCAGACGAACAAACUGUGUCAGUGAUCCAGGAGACUGUGGCCGCACCAAAACCCAUCAUCCUCAGCUUCUCACACAGUAGCAGUGGCUGGAUGGUGUUGAAUGCACUGGAGAAAUCGAAAAAUGUGAUUCUCACAGUGCCGCCACUGCCAUCCAGGUGCAAAUGAGCUUGCUGCAAAUUAAAGCAACUCAAUGUUUAAUGCCAAAUUAUGAACCAACUGCAUGACCAGUUUAAUCCCCAAACCGGCUAUGUAGCCACAGUGUAAUCCACGUAUGCCCUGCCUUGUGCAGGCGCUCUCUACCCAGGUGCCACCCCUUGCCUAAACAAAAACAGAGUAUUUCCAGAAAUUGAGAAUGCGUUUUUCUGUUGUGUGAUACAUGUGAGAAAGGAAAACUGUGCUGCAGGAAAAGUCUGUACAGCCUGGUUUCCAAAGAGUCUGUACAGCAUAUUAGAAACCACUGAUGCCAGUCAGCCAAAAUGUGCACUACUUCAGUGCUCGGAUGAACCAACUCUAUUGUGUGUGUUCAGUCUGUCAGGCUGUAUGAUCUCAGAGGAAGGCUGUUCUUCUCUAGCCUCAGCUCUGAGCUCCAACCCCUCCCAUCUGAGAGAGCUGGAUCUAAACUACAAUCAUCCAGGAGACUCAGGUGUGAAGCUGCUGUCAGCUGGAUUGAGACUGGACACUCUGAGGGUGGACAAUGGUGGACGACAGUGGUUGAAACCUGGUCUGAGGAAGUAUGUCUGUGAACUGGAACUGGACACAAACACAGUAAACACAAAACUCAAACUGUCUGACAACAACAGGAAGGUGACACGUGUGAGAGAGGAUCAGUCAUAUCCUGAUCAUCAAGAGAGGUUUGACCUCUGUCUUCAGCUGCUGUGUAGAAAUGGUCUGACUGGUCACUGUUACUGGGAGGUCGAGAGGAGAGGAGAGGUUCAUAUAUCAGUGAGUUACAGAGGAAUCAACAGGAGAGGAGCCAGUGAAGACUGUGUGUUUGGAUGGAAUGAUCAGUCCUGGUGUCUCAGCUGCUCUGAUGGUGGUUACUCUGUCUGGCACAAUAAGAGAAUUACACCUAUCACCACCACCUCCUCCCACUCCUCCUCCUCUUUUCUUUCCUCCGUCUCCCCAUUCUCCUCCUCUUCCUCCACCUCUGUCUCUAACAGAGUAGGAGUGUAUGUGGACGUUCCUGCUGGCACUCUGUCCUUCUACAGAGUCUACUCUGACUCACUGAUUCACAUCCACACCUUCAACACCACAUUCACUCAACCUCUUUAUCCUGGGUUUGCAUUUGGGUCAGCUGGUUCCUCAGUGUCUCUGGUUCCUCUGUAGGAGUGAGAGUCACUCCUGUGGACAGAAACACUGACUGAAGAUCAGCUGCUGAAAUCAAAGUUCAGUCUGUUCACCAUCACACACACUCUGCACUGUGAAGCAGAUCUGAGACUCAAAUUAAUUUGUCUCAUCAACAUUUUAAAACUAUAUUUUCUUACAUUUUCUUUCGUAUAUUUUUGUGGUGCAUCUCCUCCCCCUGCAGUCACAGUGUCCUCGGGUCAGACACCAAGCUGCUCCUGGACCAAAAGCUGAUGCAGAUGGGGAGAAUGCUUUCCAUGGUGUAGCGGUAGAAUAGCUUAUGACAGGACGUGGUUUGUUAUCAUAUCACAGCUGAGGUGUGUUGUUCGGCCCAAAAUAUAGGGAAUCUUGAUUUUUUUUCAUAGUAAGCAUUUCAUUUUAUAUUUUUUUAAAGAUUUGUAUAUCAUAAUGCUACAGUUAGGUGCAAUGUUUCUACAGUUUGAGUUAGUCUGGCUGGAAGUGGUGUCUGGCACAAUAACAGAGAAACGCCCAUCUCUUCCCCCUCUGUCUCUGGUAAAGUAGCAGCGUAUGUGGACGUUCCUGCUGGCACUCUCUCCACAUUCACUCAACCUCUUUAUCCUAUAUGUUUUGGCUCUGUUAUAGUUUGUCUGGUUCCUCAGUGUCUCUGUGUCCUCUGCAGGACUGAGAGUCUCUCCUUUGGACAGAAUCACUGACUCAAGAUCAAAAGUGCAGUCUGUUCAGCAUCACAUACUCUGCAUUGGGAAGCAGAUUUGAGACUCAAACACAAAUCACUUGUCUGAUCAACAUUGUAAAUUUUCUUUCUUAUAUUUUAUGUAAUUUUUUAAUAUUUUUAAUUUGAGGUGUAUCUCCUCCCCCCUCCUCACAGUGUCCUGGUUCAGAGGCGAGCAGCUGGACCACACGGUGAUGCAGUUAGGGAGGAUGCUGUCGAUGGUGCAGCGUUAGAAUCACAACAAGCCGUGGUAUGUUUUGAUUAUAGCACAGCUGAGGGAAGACAACCCUUAACUACAGGGGAAUUUGGAUUUUGUAUAUGCCAACAUUUUAUUUUGCUUUUAGAGACUUGUAUAUCAUCAUGGUAUAGUAAAGGUCUCUGCUCCUACUUUUUUAGUUAAUUUUCCAUUACACAUUUUAGUUGUGAUACGUAUUUUAUCAAUUGACACUGUAUACAUACAGUUUGAACUUUUGCAAAUUGCUUUUUGUUUGCACAAACUCUAAAGCCUUCUUUCCCUUUCUAAUCUAAUCAAUCAAUCAAAUCAAAAAUAACUUUAUUUUUCCGGUGAGGGAACUUCGUUUGUGGUCAGGCACCGUCAAACACAACAUCUAACAAUACAUAGUCUGUAUUAAUCAUACCAGAGAAUAAAUAAAUGCUAAAUACUAACAUACUAAAAUAAACUAAGAAAACCCUGAGGGUAGAAGUAGAGGGGUGGGUAGGGAGAAUAGUUUGAAGUCUUGAUCGAUCGAUGGGGGUGGUUAUUGUUUGUUGUUGUCUGAUGGGUGCUGGCACAAAGGUGGACAUGGAUCGUUUGCACCGUAGGGGAUCCAUUGUACAUAUUUUGUUAAAGUGUCUUUUUCACUUACUUUUUAUUGUAAUUUAACAACUCUGUAUUCAUGUUCUUGAAGAUAGCAGUGAUUUGCUUUUAUUGUUCAUUUCCUUUUUAAUAUGUUUAUGACAAUAAAUCACAAUCUGAAUCUGAUUCUGGUUGUAUUGUGGAUAGCCUACAUUAUUUGUAUUGCUUCUUGUUCUAUGUGACAAAAUAAAGCCGUCUGAUAUACAUAUUGUUAUACAUGUUGUUAGAAAGUUUGUCAAUUAAGUUUUAUAAACAUAUAAAAAGACAGUA